AUGGGUCCGUACGAACGCCUCCCUUCACUUUCAAUCUCUGGACCAAUUAUCAACCAUCGCCGCUGCGAGUGUGGCUACACGGUCAACUCUACUAACAGCUCGAGCCCCUUUGCCUUAUUCACAGAUUUCCUAGAGACCGACUUCUUACACCUAUACACUCUGCCUGACAGUAUUGAUGUACCCGCCUCAGAAGCUGUGGGAUGGGCCGUACAAGCGUACAAUAUUACGCCAUCAGGGGCUAGGGGACCCUAUGGCAAGGCCGCUGAGAUCGAAAAUGUCGUCUUGAAUCCGCUACAUUCACGUCAAGACUGGACAGGGGAAGGAAAGCUAGGGGGCGCGCCUGGGCUACAGAUUUGGGUCAGGGGUCAAGAAGAUCUGCUGGGGCCCAUGGGCGAGCAGAUGGUACGUUCAGGAGAAAUCGACAGUCUGCGCCGAGAUAUGCGUUAUGGAAGCUUCAGGGUUGGAAUGAAGAUGAGUGAUGUUCCUGGCACCUGUGCUGCCUUCUUCUGGUAUCGUAACGACUCACAGGAGAUAGACAUGGAAUACCUGAGCCGUCAGAGCAAUGGUUCAUCGCCAAUCAAUCUGGUCAUUCAGUCGCCUGCCUCGGCAGAAGCAAACUACAAUGCCAUCAACACGACCACUUUCCGCGUUCAAGAUCUACCUUUCAACCCUAGCACUGGUUACCACGAGUAUCGCUUCGACUGGACACCAGAGCGGAUCGUCUUCUUCGCCGAUGGUCAGCUGCUGCAAGAGUUUGAGAACACUUUCAAUGGCGAUGCCCCUGACGCCCCUAGGACCCUGAUGCUCAAUCACUGGUCUACAGGCAACCCUGGAUGGAGUGGAGGCCCACCAGCCCAGGAUGCUGUUCUUACGCUGAGCUACGUCAAGGCCUACUUCAACUCGAGCAAUGCAACAAGAGAAGAUGAGUGGCGUGGCGUCUGUGCAGGAGACAGUUGGCAGGGGCGAACAUGUCAGAUACCCGACUUCCCCUCUCAAGGCAUCGAUCCGCAAAACACUGUGGAUUCCGGCAAGACCAGUUUCUUCAUGUAUGAGAGUGGGAAUGUCAAUCAGACGCUGUAUCCUGCGGCAAGCAGUGCCCCUGGCCUUUAUACGCCUGGAGUCUUUGGCUGGAAAGCUGGAUUUAUCUUCUCCCUGUUUCUGCUUUAG